GCAUGGGUAGGUUGGGUUAGGGGUAAGUUCAGCACAGGUCUAUUGGGUUUCGUCCAGUUUGAAUUGACAGGUCUGUUGGGUUACAGUUAGUGCAGGUGUCAUCUAGGUUAGCCUAUUGCUUUAAGUUCAGGUUGGAAAUUAUAGAUGUGUUGUGUUAGGGUAAGUUUGGUUCAUGUGUGUUGGAUUUAGUUGUAAUUGAAAUCACAGGUGGGUUGGGUUUAGUUUAGUCCAGGUUUAGUUUAAACUACAGGUGUAUCUGUGCCGUUAUGGCUAAAGGUGAGUGGAAGAGGUCAGGCACAGAUGAUCUCCAGCUAACCGGCCGCUCCGAGUGUGAGGUGUUCGAUGAUGGAACCAACACAUUCUUCUGGAGGGCACACACCCUGACAGUGCUGUUCAUCCUGACAUGUGCUCUGGUUUAUGUGACACUAUUGGAGGAGACGCCACAUGACACUGCGUACAACACUAAAAGAGGAAUUGUGGCCAGUAUUCUGGUGUUCCUUUGUUUUGGAGUAACACAAGCUAAAGAUGGUCCCUUCACGCGCCCUCACCCAGCUUACUGGCGUUUCUGGCUGUGUGUUUCUGUUGUGUAUGAACUCUUCCUCAUCUUCAUCCUGUUCCAGACAGUACAUGAUGGCAGGCAGUUCAUGAAGUACAUUGACCCAAAGCUGGGUGUCCCUCUUCCUGAAAGAGAUUAUGGAGGAAACUGUCUUAUUUAUGACCCUGGACACCCUACCGACCCCUUCCACAAUAUCUGGGACAAAAUGGAUGGAUUUGUUCCUGCCCAUUUUCUCGGCUGGUACAUUAAGACACUGAUGAUCAGGGACUGGUGGAUGUGUAUGAUCAUCAGCGUGAUGUUUGAGUUCCUGGAGUACAGCCUCGAACACCAGCUGCCCAACUUCUCAGAGUGCUGGUGGGACCAUUGGAUCAUGGAUGUGUUGCUGUGUAACGGGUUGGGCAUUUACUGCGGCAUGAAGACGCUCGGUUGGCUCUCCAUGAAGCCGUAUCAGUGGCAGGGAUUGUGGCACAUCCCAACAUACAAGGGGAAAAUUAAGAGAAUCGCCUUCCAGUUUACCCCGUACAGUUGGGUGAAUUUUGAAUGGCGUCCGGCAUCUAACCUGCGAAGAUGGCUGGCGGUGUUGGGUAUUAUUUUCAUGUUCUUGUUGGCAGAGUUGAAUACGUUUUAUUUGAAGUUCGUGCUGUGGAUGCCUCCGGAGCACUAUCUGGUGCUUUUGAGGCUCGUCUUCUUUGUGAACGUGGGCGGAGUGGCCAUGCGAGAGAUCUACGACUUCAUGGAUGAUCCGAAAUUCCAUAAAAAGUUGGGCCAGCAAGCGUGGAUUGUGGCGACCAUCACUGUUACAGAGUUUCUGAUCGUGGUCAAAUACGAUCCCAAUACCAUCAUGCUGCCAAUCCCGUUCUUCGUCACUCAAUGCUGGAUACUCGGAAUCGUUCUCAUCCUUAUUUGGACCUUGUGGCGGUUUUUCAUCCGUGACAUCACACUCCGAUACAAAGAAACACGGCGGCGUAGACAGGAAGGGUCUUCGGAGCGGGACAGAGUCCCUGGACAUGCCGACGGCAGCAACACGGCCUCGUCCGGCCGUAGCAAGCUAAACGGCAGUAUGGACACAGUCCGACAAAGGAAGUCAUGAAUCCAUCCUUCCACACACAAACAGCCAUGCGCUGCACAUCACAACUGGACACACGUUUGUGUUUGUAAUCCUGUUCAGAUCAUACCAACGCUCAUGGUGUCUGUCGAGCUGCUUCCAGACAGGUGAUGCCAUCAUUUACUCUCCUCACGGAGAGGGUUGUUGUAUAUUUAGGAAAACAUGUCUUUGUAGCUGUUACAUAGGUGAGGCGUUUAGGGUUCGGGGUCCACUGUUCCUCUGGUUUGGGGUUUAUUGAUCGGUGCUAUGCAAGAAGACACAUUUCGAUGCAGAACACUAUGCAGUGAGCUGAGGGUAGAGGAAGUGCACAUAUAGCCAUUUAUGAAUAAAACAAUCCUUUUAAACUUGCGUUUAGUGGGUAGCUACACAGGAAAGUGCUACUAAACAUCUCGCAUAAGCUACAAAACUAUAUUUAAAAAGAUUUGAGAAUGUAAUUAUUUAAUCGGCUGUAUACUUCUGCUAUGUUUAGGAUACUAAAGGAGGUUAGCGUGCCUGUUACACAAGCAACUCACACAUGGACAAUCCUGACCAUUUUAACAUGGGUCAGUGCCAUGAUUGGACCAAAAUUGAAGAACUUUGUUGUUCAAACCUUUCGUUUGCAUGUGUGAAUGUGUGCGCAAGACCAUAACAGCCAAAACACUCAUCUUGCUGAUGCUGUUUUCAUUUCUGCAGGGAAACCAUAGACAGAACCUUUGGGUGUUUUGGGUCUGAUAAAUAAAAAAUAAAAAAGUCAUCCCAAAGCUCAUGCUGUCUAUGUUUAGGAUCUGGUCGCAGUGAGUAAGUUGUGUGCUGUUGUGUUGUGAUGGUGCGUCUGUAUUCUGAUAAUGUGCAAGUCCAAACCGGCCUGAUCUGGUGUAUCAAACGCCAUUAUAAUCUUACUGUGAAUGUAAACGUCUAGCACUAGUUCGACUUAAGCGCCUGUUUAGUAUCAUGUUACUGAAGGUGUUUAGGGUUCAUUUUGAUUUCACUAUGAGGGGAAAGUUAAAACCACAGUGUAUGUUCUCGUCCAAAUGAUCAGAAUUAUGUCUCUCUCUCUGAAAUCUGUGUGGGACCAUUUGAUGAUCUGUCUGCCUCUGCUUCUAGUGGUUCAUGUAGACAUGUUACAGCUGGGAGUUCAUAUUUUAUAAUGUUUUCAAUAAAUAAAAAGGGAGUUCUAACUCUUUAACUUUUUUUUUUAA